AUGUUGACUCCAAUAUUUUUAGCUCUGAUAUUUUGUAGUUCUUGUUUAUCCAGUCGGAAUAAAUUGGAAAAAUUACCUGGACUAUAUUUUCAUCUUUAUUCUGAUCAUUAUACUGGAUUUUUGAAUGUUACUGAUGAUGAGAGAUUGUUUUAUUGGUUAGUCUAAAUUGGGGAAAUGUUUGAGAUGCCUUGAAAAAGCCCAAGAAGCCUAAUAAUCCAGAGAGCCCUGAAAGCCUAUUUUCCAGGUUCAUGGAAUCUCAAAACACCCCAUCAGUAGACCCUCUAAUUUUCUGGUUCAACGGUGGACCCGGUUGCUCUUCUCUAACUAGUUUGAUCACUGAACUUGGCCCGAUGCUCCUGGAUAAAACUGGAGAAAACCUCAAGCGAAAUGAAUAUUCGUGGAAUCGUAUGGCUUCGGUGGUUUUUCUCGAAUCACCGACAGGAGUCGGGUUUUCGUACACCGAGACUGGAGAGUAUCCGAUUCCGACUGAUGAUUUUUUGACAGCCAAAUUGAAUUAUGAUGCGGUGAAGUUGUUCUUCAAGGUACAGAUUUUCUCAUCAAACAUUUCAAGCAGAAUUUUUGUUUCAGGAAUUUCCCGAGUAUCGAAAUCACGAUGUUUUCAUUAGCGGUGAAUCUUAUGGUGGAAUUUAUGUUCCGAUGUUGGUUGAUGAGAUUUUGAAUGGGCAGAAGGAUUUUCCAAUUAACUUGAAGGUAAUGGAUCAGGCUUCUAGGGGCUUCUGAAGGCUUUUUAGGCUUCAGAAGGCUUUUAGAGGCUUCAGAAGGCUUUAGAAGGCUACAGAAGGCUUCAGAAGUCUUCAGAAAUCUUCAGGAGGCUUCAGAAGGCCUCCGCAAGCCUCUGAAGACUUUCAAAAGCUUCCUGAGGCUUCCUGAGGCUUCCCCAAUCUUCUCGAGACCAAAACUAGACUCUAGUUUUUAGAACUGAAAAUUUCAAAUAUUCAAAUUAAAUUGUUUCUGGUUCAAACUAGACUAUAGUUUACAAAAAUCUGCUUCGGAAGGCUCCAGAAGGCUAAAUUUGAAUUCUGAGCCCCAAAGAUAUUUUUCAUACACUAUUUUUCUCAAACUAGACUCUAUCUUUCUAACUUCAAACUAGACUCUAGUCUUCUAAAUUUCAAAAUUUCAGCAUGUUCUAGAUUCGAACUAGAUUAUAGUUUCCAAAAAUCUAAAAAUAUUGAAAAAAUAGAUUUUUGGAUUUUUCUGAAAAAAAGCCACGUGAAAAUUUUUGACGACAAAUUUGUUAAAUUUGAUUUUUUCUUUUUUUUCUCAAACUGGACUCUAGCUUUCCAACUUCAAACUAGACUCUAGUCUUCUAAAUUUCAAAAUUUCAACAUGUUCUAGAUUUGAAAAAUCUGAAAAUCUCGAACAAAUAAAUUUUUGGAUUUUUUUUUUCUGAAAUCAAAGCCACGUGGAAACUUUUUACGCCAAAAUUUUUGAAUUUGAUUUUUUUCCUAGCUUCAGGAAGCUUUAGAAAGCUUCGGAGGGCUUUAGAAAGCUUCAAAAGGCUUCAGAAGGCUCCAGAAGGCUUCAGAGGGCUUCUUCAAAAUCAGUUUUUCCAGGGAAUGCUAAUUGGAAACGGCCUGCUUGAUAAAAAACUUGCCCAACAAACCAGAACAAUAAUGAGUUACGGUAGAGGAUUCAUAACAGAAUCAAUCUUCGAAAAUCAUCUCGUAAAAUGUUGUAAUGGCUCAAUCACCUGUAAAGACACAAAAAUCGAUAUUCUUGAUUGUAGUGAUUUGCCAUUACCGGAAGAAUGGGAUGACACUUUUUACGAUCGAUACAAUUUAUAUCGGAAAUGUGUAGAUUUGGAUUGUGGAGUUUACCCUCAUACAAUUCCGGAAUCUUUCUUUAAUUCGAAAAGAGUUAGACGAACUCUUCAGAUUCCGCAUGAUAAAAGAUGGCGUGAUUGUGAUGAUUUAGCAUAUGAUCGAAAUUUAGAAUCAGUCAAGGAUCAGAUUUUGCGAGCUGCGAAAAAUGGGGUUAGAAGUUUGAUCUAUUUUGGAGAUGCUGAUUUGAUGUGCAAUUUUAUUAUGGGUCAGAAAUUUGUGGCGAAAUUGGGAUUGAAGGUGAGAUUUUUGGAGGCUUCUGAAGCCUUCUGAAGCCUUUUGAAGCUUUCUGAAGCCUUCUGAAGCCUUUUGGAGCCGUCUGAAGACUUCUGAGGCCUUCUGAAGCCUUCUGAAGCCUUCUAAAGCCUUCUGAAGCCUUCUAAAGCCUUCUGAAGCCCCCAAAAGCCCCCAAAAGCCUUUUUCCAGAAACUCUCCCCCAAAAAGCCGUGGUUCUUCAAACAACAUCAUUUCUCGGGAACCCAAACAAUUUAUGAGAAUCUGAAAUUUGUGACAAUUCAUGGAGCAAGUCAUUCGGCUCCAGAAACUCAUCCCGCCGAAUGCUAUCAUAUUUUGCAGCAAUUUUUGAAGGAUCAGGAUAUUUGA